CGCAUUAGUAAUUUUUGUUCAUAUUUCAGGAAAACAACUCGUAUCAAAAUAAGACGAUCGAUUUGAAAGUGAAAUUGUGAGAAUUUGCGAAUCAAUCUGGAUUGAGGAGAUAACCGAAUCAUCACUUUGGUAUUGUUGUGUGUUUGUGGCCAUUACAAAGCCUGUUGAUUGUUUAAAAACACUCUGUCCGGUGCCUCCAAAGGAAAGGUGUAAGCCGGAUAGUGUUGCUGUUGUCCCCACUGCCACUGAGCAUGGCCGCUGCAUUUAACAUGGAAGACCUCGAUGGCGGGCUAGCUGCAGACUUUGACUCAAAUCUAACUGGAUUGGGUGCUGAGCUUGGAACAGCAGCUUAUAACAUGAGUGAAGUAUUGGCUGUGUUUAAACAAGAAGAAGAAGAAGAAGGAGGAUUCCAAUAUAUUCUGUGUGCGGCCACCUCACCUGCCGUCAAACUGAGUGAAGAAGCACUAACUUAUUUAAAUCAAGGACAGUCAUAUGAAUUGAAAGUAAAAAAACUUGGCAACACACAUGCUUAUCAAGGCAAACUAUUAAAGAUGUCCCCUUAUCUUAUGGAAUGUUACAGUUUUAUGUGUUAUAUAUUUGUAGAUGUCCCCUUAUCUUAUGGAAUGUUACAAUUUACAAGAAGUCCUAGUGCACUCAAUGCUGUUGAGUUUAUAUGGGAUCCCACAAAAGAAAGCACAGGUGUUUUUAUUCAGGUACAUUGCAUUAGUACAGAAUUCACAGCCAAGAAGCAUGGUGGUGAAAAAGGUGUACCAUUCCGUAUACAGGUGGAUACCCUCCUUCAUUCAGGAGACACUGACACACAUAUACAUUCAGGAAGUUGUCAAAUCAAAGUAUUCAAGCCUAAAGGUGCCGAUAGAAAACAUAAAACAGAUCGUGAAAAGAUGGAGAAGAGGAGUGAUCGUGACAAAUACCAGCCUUCAUAUGAAUACACAGUUCUUACAUCGUGUUCUCUGCAACCGCCAUUGGCAGAAUCGCCGCGAUACGACCCAACAGAUAGUUUUAAUUCAUCAUAUGACGCAAGUGUAGGAAGUACUGCAAGUACUCCAAAGGCGGUAGAUGCAUCUGUUGUUGUUGUUGAUGAUGUGGAUUCUGGUGGUCUAACAGAGCCACUGUCACCGGAUGCUACUAUACUACAAACAUCCGAAUGGUUACAGAGAAAUCGGUUUGGAGCUUACAGAAAAUUAUUUCAGAAUUUUGCAGGUGGAGAUUUACUGAGACUGAAUCGAGACGAUUUAAUCCAAAUUUUAGGACCAGCUGAUGGUAUACGUCUGAAUAACGCUUUACAAGAAAGGACUUUUUACCAUGCUAUAUAUCUGGACCAUCCAACGGCGGAAGAAAUGAGAAGCAAAGUAUCCAUCUUGUAUAAUGUACCUGUCACUAAGAUAUCCCAUAUAGUUCGCCAAGCACCAUCCGGUAUUAGAAUGAUUCAGAAUAUUCAGGAUGAGAGCAGUUUUAGUAUAGAGGCAUUGAAAGGUAAGUCAGAUAAUUACAACGUGUGA